AUGGGCCGCGAGAGCAUGCUGCAUAACAUCAACCGCACGCUGCAGCUCACGCUUGACGACGGCAGGGAGAUGACAGGCAAACUGCUCGUGUACGACCGCCACAUGAACGUCGUGCUUGGUGACACCACGGAGCGGCGGGGGGAGACGAAGAAGAUGAAGGAGGCGGGUAUCAGCCCGCAGCGCAGCUUGGGGCUGGUGCUGCUGCGCGGCGAACACAUCAUCUCCGUGACGGUGCUCGCCGGCGACGACGCGGUGCGGCCAGCGAAACUCGAAAAGGCACCGCGGGCAAAGACGUCAGGGACGAAGCGCGCGCGCUAA